AUGGAAAGAGACAUCGUUGAUAAGGAAAUAAAGAAAUGUAUUGCCAUCUCCACUCCCGGGCCACACGCAUUCUUAUUAGUGAUUUCCUUAACGCAGCGAUUCACAGAAGAAGAUAAAAAAGUCUUCGAUGAAAUUGAUGAUAUAUUUGGAGAUCAAAUGCACAAAUAUUUGAUAAUCGUCUUCAUCAGAAAAGAUGACCUUGGCGAGGGAGAAUCUGUCAAGGAGUAUCUUGAAAAUGCUCCCGAUACACUGAAGCACAUACUGCGGAGUGUUGGUGGCGGCUAUGUGUCCUUCAAUAACAAAGGUGGAGAAGAGGCUCGGGAAAAGGAUGUUACUUUCCUCCUUCAGCGUAUUCAGGAAAUGGUACAGAAGUCGGGGAAAGUUUCUUUUCUUCCUCUAUGUUUUUGCAAGCUGAAGAAAUUAUGCAAUGUUGGAUUCAAAGCGCAGUUGCUGUGA